AUGCGACACACCGGUGGCUGCGUAACACUUGUAGGCUCGUGACAGCUCAAAGCGGAAGCGGGCAUCAUAGGUGUUGGCAACCGACGGUACCGAAUCCUAGCUAAGCUCACAUACCACAAAUGAAUAACUUAACUGCAACAAAGCAGUUUUAGCUUGUUACUAUAUACACACACACACACACAUGUGCGUUCUAUUCAGGCAGCAAAGAUGUGUCUGGCGAAUUUGCCAGUAACUGUAAUGGCAGAUAUGGGGGUUUUCCCAUUAGAGCUAUGGCGGAUGCUUGGUACUUCUUCUAAUCCUGUGACCCUGUUAAGUUGAGGAGGUUAUUCGGCAACGUUACUAGUUUUUGCCAUGAUUCAAAGGAAAUUUAACAUGAAGAAUAUCUUCAAGGGUGUGAUAUUGCUAGAACUGGCUGGUGUUGUUGGUGUAUACUUGCUUUACCACAAAAUUGAUUCAAGCCAAGAUUUCAGGCAUACAAUGAACAGAAGAUUGCCCUCAGUAUUAGAAGUGUACUAUAAAUCCAACGAAUGGGCAGGAAUACAAGGUCUACGGGAGAAGGAUGCACUUGCAUGGAAUACAAAGAAGAACUAAUUUUGCACAACUAUAAGAUUUUGUCUCUAGUCCAUCAAAAUGACUUAUUCUUGGGUGUUGGAAACCUAUUCAUGUCUGCUCUCUUGUACUUGCUAGUAAUUUCUUAGUAAGGCAUGAGACAGUUGGGCAUUUGGCAAGUUCUGUGUAAGAAUGACCGCUGUUGGACUGCAAGAUAGACUUUUCCAUCCAAAGCUGCUAAUAUGUGGAAGAUAAUGGAUCUCUUUAUUAAUCAACAGCAGCUUUUGGACAAAUAGAUUUUGCACAAUGCAUCUCCCAUUUCUUAGAAUGACCCCACUUGGGAGAUCCUUGUUCUUAUUUUAUUAUAGUGAAGCUUUAUUCUGUUAACAUAUCAGCACUUUCCUCUAGUGCUGUCCUCCUAUAAACAGAGAAGAGGGUGACACUUUUAUUGCUAGCGUUGCAUACUGUUCACAGAUCUUGUGUACAAUAAACAUUGUUUUUACUCUU